AUGAGUUUUCUAUCCAGUAUUUUCUGUUAUCAGAACUCUAAAACUAAAGAUGACAUCAACAUUUUCUGUGGUUCAUGCUGCUAUUCCAGUCAAAAAAUUGGAGUUGUUCCGAGAAAGGAGAAUAUUCUCACUUCCUAUCCGAUUAUCCCGAAAUUACUCGAGACAACAACUACCUUCCAAGUCCUCGUGUCACCAAUGCGUCAUAAACUUGGAUUCACUUAUCCAUCAGAAGGCUCGAAGCUUGCUAAUUUCAAAAGUUUAGAACUGAUUCGAAGAAGUCUUUUAAAGUGGGAAGCUUAUUACCCAGAAUUCUUGACCCAACUUCAGAAUCCGUUUCCGAGAAACACUGUAGCAAUUACUCUGUGUAAACCGAAUUUUGGAAUUGGAAACUCUUGUCAAGAGAUCUAUUUGGUUGAGAAGGAUUCUCCAGAAUUGAUUGAAACACAAUCAGAUGCGUUCAGUUAUCAACAACUUGCUGAAAAUGUGCAUGCAACAUAUUUCAAUCAAGAUGGAAUUCAAUUCCUUGCCGGUUUAUGCUACUAUCCAUUUUCAUCGAAUUCGAAGAGUCUGAAGAACGACGAAACAGCCAUUUUCCUAGCACUUGCCGCCGCAGAACCAUAUCCGUUAUCUAAUAGGAAUACAUCAGAAAACAGAAUCCAUUAUAAUGUUUACGGAAGGUAUUGCUCAAAAGCUGGAAAACGAGUUGCUGUUCAUUGCAAAGAUUCUAUUUUCCACAUUGAAGCGGAAACAGAAUCUAGAAGGAAUUCUCAGUUAUUCAAGUAUGUUUCCUGUGAAGAGUGCUCCGAGGAAGCGAAGAACUACAAAUGGGAGGAUCCUGUAUUAGUUCUUAAAGAGAAGAUAGUCGAUGGGUAUCCGAUAACUGAUGAGCCUUAUGUUCCAACUGUUAUGAAGUAUUUAUACAUGAACAGCACUGUCAAAACUAACAAGAAGUCAUCAUGCAUUCAUAUUCAGUAUGCUGAAGAAUCAAAAGUAUUGAGCAGUCGAAAAAGUCUGGAUAUGGUCAGAGGGCACCUUUUGGAUCAAUUUGAUGAUGAUCUGGAAGAAAUUGAAUAUCUUCUCAAGGAGCCUCUUCCAAGAAACACUAUUGCAGUUUCUUUCGGCUGCAACGGCUUUCAUUUCAACAGAAAGACGUUCGAAUUAUCUUCAUCGGAAAUUACAGAAAACGCCAAUGAUGUUCAUCUUACUUAUCAACACUUGUCUGAAAAUGUUCAAGUAACUUAUCAUCAUGAAAAUGGAAUUCGAUACUUGGCUGGAAUCUCUUACUAUCCUGCUCAAAUUGGAAAAUCUGAACUUAUUGAGAAUGAUUAUGUCCUGAUGUUUUUGGCCGACUUAACCCGAGUACCAUAUCCAACGUUCAGAGAGAAGAAUUACUUUAUUAAAUUAAUGAAUGCAUUGAUAAAUGGAAGUUGUGGAAGAUAUUGUGAGCGUUCAGGUAAAAGAGUGGCUGUUGAUUGUAUGCGGGAAUACGGACACAUCGAUUACGAUCAUGUCAACAAUGAAUAUCUUAUCACUCCAUGUCGAGAAUGUAUGAAUCAUUUUCAAAAUCGCCUUCUGGAAUUAUAUCGAAACCCCCAUCUUCAGGAUCAAAUGAAAUCUCAGAAGAACGAAGAGAAAACGUUGAAACGUUUCAAAAAGUACUGGAAGAAGAUGAAACCUGAAGUUUUGAAAUAUUUGAAAACACUUACUGUUAAUUAUUCGAUCGAAAACAAGAGUGAAGAAGAACUUGAUGAUGCCUCAGAAAAAAUAUUGAUUGAAUUAUUCAAAUAUGCCAAGAUAUAUGAUGAACAUUGUUUGAACGGAACAACGCCUCCCCCUCCCACAUGCACAUUUACGCAAGAUAUUCCAGAAUUUGUUGUAGAAUUCUUCGUGAAUAUAAAUUACAUGAAAGACAAUUUCUCAAAUAUGGAGUAUGAAAGCUAG